AUGAUAAGGCAUUGGAAUAUAUUGACGAAAUAUGAUGAGGCUUUAAAAUAUAUCGAGGAAGCAUUAAAAAUUAAACCUGACAACAUAUUUGCAUUAAUAUUGGGUGGUGAUAUAUAUUAUUCACUCAAUAAAUAUGUCGAAGCAUUGAAAUAUACUGAGAAAGUAUUAGAAAUUCAACCCAACAACAUAAUAGCAUUAAUUUGGUGCGGAGAUAUAAGUUUUUUUCUCAAUAAAUAUGAUGAGGCAUUGGAAUAUACCAAGGAAGCAUUAAAAAUUCAAUCUAACAACGUAUCAGCGUUAAUUUUAUACGGAAGGAUAAAUUUUUCACUCAAGAGACAUGAUGAAGCAUUGAAAUAUACCGAAGAAGCAUUAAAACUUCAACCUGACAACAUAUUAGCACUAAUUUUAUAUGAAAGUAUAAAAUUUUCACUCAAGAAAUAUGAUGAAUUAUUGAAAUAUACCGAGGAAGCAUUAAAAAUUAAACCUGACAAAAUAUCGGCUUUACUUUUGUGUGGAAAUAUAAAUUAUUCGCUCAAUAAAUAUGAUGAGGCGUUGAAAUAUAUUAACGAAUCAUUAAAAAUUCAACCUGACAACAUAUCAGCGUUAAUUUUAUACGGAAAGAUAAAAUUUUCACUCAUGAGAUAUGGUGAAGCAUUAAAAUAUACAAAGGAAGCAUUAAAAAUUCAACCUGACAGCAUAUCGGCAUUAAUUUUGCGUGGUAAUAUAAAUUAUUCACUCAAGGAAUAUGAGGAAGCAUUGAAAUAUAUUGAGAAAGCAUUAAAAAUUCAACCCAACAACAUAGAAGCAUUAAUUUUGUGUGGGGAUAUAAAUUAUUUACUCAAUAAAUAUGAUGAAGCAUUGAAAUAUACCAAGGAAGCAUUAGAAAUUCAACCUGACAACAUAUCAGCGUUAAUUUUAUACGGAAGGAUAAACAUUUUACUCAACAGAUAUGAUGAAUCUUUAAAAUAUGUGAGCAAAGCAUUGAAAAUUCAACCUGACAACAUAGUAGCACUAAUUUUAUGUGGAAGUAUAAGUUUAUCACUCAAGAAAUAUAAUAAAGCGUUGAAAUAUACUGAGAAAGCAUUAAAAAUAAAACCUAACAACAUAUUAGCACUAAUUUUAUGUGGAAGUGCAAAUUUUUCACUUGACAAAUAUAAUGAAGCAUUGAAAUAUACCGAGGAAGCAUUAAAAAUUCAACCUGACAACAUAUCAGCACUAAUUUUAUGUGGAAGUAUAUAUUUUUCACUCAAGAAAUAUGAAGAAGCAUUGAAAUAUACCGAGGAAGCAUUAAAAAUCGAACCUGACGAAAUAUCGGCAUUAAUUUGGUGUGGAGAUAUAAAUUCUUCACUCAAGAAAUAUGAUGAGGCAUUUAAAUAUAUUAACGAAGCAUUAAAAAUUCAACCUGAUAACACAAAAGCAUUACUUUUGCGUUUGGAUAUAAUUUUACGCAAGAAAUGUGAUGAAGCGUUGAAAUAUACCGAUGAAGAAUUAAAAAUUAAACCUGACUACAUACAGGCAUUAAUUUUGUGUGGAAAUAUUAAUUAUUUACUCGAGAAAUAUGAUGAGGCAUUGAAAUAUAUUAACGAAGCAUUAAAAAUUCAACCUGAUAACAUAGAAGCCUUACUUUUGUGUGGUAAUAUAAAUUAUUGGCUCAAAAAAUAUGAUGAAGCAUUGAAUUAUAUCACGGAAGCAUUAAAAAUUCAACCUGGCAACAUAUCAGCUUUACUUUCGUGUGGAAAUAUAAAUGUAUUGCUCAAGAAAUAUUAUUCAGCAUUGAAAUAUACCAAGGAAGCAUUAAAGAUUCAACCUGACAACAUAGUAGCGUUAAUUUUAUAUGGAAGUAUAAAUUAUUUGCUCAAGAAAUGUGAUGAGGCAUUGGAAUAUACCAAGAAAGCAUUAAAAAUUCAAUCUGACAACAUAUCAGCGUUAAUUUUAUACGGAAGGAUAAAUUUUUCGCUCAAGAGACAUGAUGAAGCAUUGAAAUAUACCGAGGAAGCAUUAAAAAUUCAACCUGAAGACAUAUCAGCACUAAUUUUAUGUGGAAGUAUAUAUUUUUCACUAGAGAAAUAUGAUGAAGCAUUGAAAUAUAUCGAGGAAGCAUUAAAAAUUGAACCUGACGAAAUAUCAGCAUUAAUUUGGUGUGGAAAUAUAAAUUAUUCACUCAAGAAAUAUGAUGAGGCAUUGAAAUAUAUUAACGAAGCAUUAAAAAUUCAACCUGACAACAUAUCAGCUUUGUUUUUGUGUGGUGAUGUAAAUUAUUCACUCAAUAAAUAUGAUGAGGCAUUGAAAUAUACUUACGAAGUAUUGAAAAUUCAACCUAACAACAUAUCAGCGUUGAUUUUAUACGGAAAGACAAAUUUUUCACACAAGAGAUAUGAUGAAGCAUUAAAGUAUACCAAGGAAGCAUUAAAAAUUCAACCUGACAACAUAUUAGCGUUAAUUUUAUACGGAAGGAUAAAAUUUUCACUCAAGAGGCAUGAUGAAGCAUUGCAAUAUACCGAGGAAGCAUUAAAUGUUCAACCUGACAACAUAUCAGCAUUAAUUUUGCGUGGUGAUAUAAAUUAUUCACUCAGGAAAUAUGACGAAGCAUCAAAAUAUAUCAACAAAGCGCUAAAAAUUCAACCCAACAACAUAGAAGCAUUGAUUUUGUGUGGAGAUAUAAAUUAUUCACUUAAAAAAUACGAUGAAUCAUUAAACUUCUAUAAACUAGCCGACCAUUUUGAUCCUGAUAACAUAAAAAUAUUUCUGGCAUUUGGGAAAAUUUAUUGGGAAACUAAUUAUUUUAAACUAUCAACAAAUUACUGGACUCUGGCGUUAAAAAUUGAUCCAAAUAUAGCAGAAACGUUAUUUGAUUGUUGGCAGAUUGUACCUUAUAUUAAGGUUAAAGGUCAUGAAGAAUCACGAUAA